AUGUCAAACAAGUCGAGCUCCGAGAAGAACGCGCACUUGGGGCAAGUGCCACCGGAGGAGUUACACUUGGGAGGAGUACACCACGUAAUAUACACACAUCAGUGGGGAGGUGACUCAGAAGAUGCUUCAACAAACCGGGCAAGAAACAAUAGGGUAGACGCCAUGGACAUGAUUAAAACGAAUGAGGUAAGUCUUUACGAGUCGCUAAAUGAUUCUACCUGUAACAAAUUGAAGAAUAUACAUGUACUGUAUGACCAGGAAGGAGUGGGGACAAGCGGAAGAGAGAGACCUAACUCGAUUGCAGCAAGGCACAACACAAUUGUGGAGCCAGGUCUUGACACAGACGUACCUAAUCACAUUUUAAAUUCAUACAAUAGAAAGUACAGAGCGGGUCAACUACCUAGCGGCGUGACUUCACUACACAUGCUGGAGGGGGAGACUCACGCUGAAGACACAUUAGUGAUUAACAAACGGGAUGAUUUUGAGCAGACUAGUUGUGGGGAUGGAGACAGGGAUGAAUCAUUUAACGAAUUUUACUCGUGGGGGGACUACAACUUUUUUAAUCGAGGGAUGGAACCUCAGCGACAUAUAGAGACAGCCUUUUGUUUGGGUACAAGAGACACGAAUUGCUUUUCGCGUGUGACAGGUGGAGCCUCUCCUCCCAUGUGUCUUCCCCCAAACAAAGGUAAAGACGUGACUCCUAACCACCUGCACAAAAGAGAGUGCUCCUUUGACCAAUCGGAGAGGUCUCCACAUGAUGCAUACGAGAGAAGCGGCUACCACUACAUCGCUGGAGGUGCCCCCCAUGUGAAAAGUUUUUUAAUGAACGAACAAACCCAUUUGUGCAACGUGAAGUUGAAUGGGGAGGAGGAGCAUGGCGAGAUGGGGGCUGCCUCAAAAGGGGGAUACUUCCCCCCCUUAACAAACAAGUGUGGUAGGUGUAGCAGUAGUGGGGUAUUACGAGGUGGCUGCUUCGAGCAGGGAAGAGAAAAGUUGCUCACCUUGAACCACUUGAGCGGUUAUGAAGACAAUGCGAUGGUUUAUGGGCAGACGGAGGGAACCCACAUGAGGCUGAAUUUGAGUCGGGUGCCCCCUGCACCGAUCGCACAACCAGCGGCACAAGUGCAUCAUCAUGAGGAGGGGAAGCGGCAUAGGCAGGAAGAGGCAGAGGACACCAUGUUGCUCGACACCGUGCAUUACCCCCACAGCAGGGGGAAGAACCCGCGUUAUGAAUACCCCUCAUUGGGAGGUGGCUACAAAGGAGAAUCAGUCCUUUUAUCAUCUCGGGACCCACAAAUGGAAAAUACAAAAGGACCUUCCACAAAGGACAUGUUCGACUUCCCACCGGUACAAGCAAUUCAUAUGAACGAUACGCACAUGUUGAGAAGGCAACAGGGGAGCGUACACAUACCCUUAGAGGGAAAUUUAAAUGAAGAGGGUCACGAUGAGGGGGAGCUGAUGCGUCUUAGGACAAAGGGCUUUCCUCCAAACGAAGACCUAAAUCGUUUUUGCAUUGAAAACGAACUGGGUAUUCACCUGAAUCAGAGGCAGGUCUCCACAGGAGAGCAAACAUUUCGUACACUUCAAACAGAUAGAGGAAGAAAUGAGUUCCCCUCAGCAGACGGCAAACGUCUAAGCGAACAUGACGAGGAGAAACUGGACCCGCAGAUAUGUGACUUGUUCAGAUGCACCUCCCGGGUUUCUACUUUUUAUGGGGGAGACCCCAGAGGAGAGAAUCCACUUCCCUUCAUCAGAGGAACAAAACACGCACACAGACUACCCCCUUCCAACACAUACCAGUUGAAUGAAUUCAUAAUGGUGAAUCCUCCCCCCUCCUAUUUCAGUGGAAAUGAAUUAGUAACCGAACAAUCGCGCAGAGACAACAACCACCCCACAGAGAAAAACCACUGUGAAGACAUGCACUGGGGAGAAAGCACAUUGAAGAGGGACACGCACAAAACAAAUGAGCAUGAUCUUAUAAGGGUAGAAAAUAUGUUCCAGGAGGGUACUGUUGAUGUGGUUAGGAGUGGUAGCGAAGGGGGGGACACAAACAAACAGGAGAAACUAAACCAGUGGAGGUGUAAUAAGAGAGAGGAAAAUGUAAUGAGCCCUCCCUUUACCACGAACCAUGCUUUGAAGAGGCAGCCAUGUAGAGGUGGUAUGCUGUUUGAUCACAACGAGGAAGAAACAGUUGGGGAGAAGCGAGGCUCCUUCUCUUCAAUCGUUACUCCAGGGGUAUCGUGUCACGCUGGGUGCCUGCCCAGGGUGGUGGUUAGCAACAGCACAAAUCAGUCCCCACAAAAACCGCCACACCUUCCCCCCGAUAUGCAAAUCGGUAGUACUCAUAUGGGUGCAGACACAUCAGGAGGUAACGGAAUGGAACAGGUACCUUAUGAAGAAAAUGGCCGCUGCACUCAGGGGGGAGAGGAAAGGGGGGUGUUUAAGGACCCAUUGUUGUAUAGUAGUAGUAGUAGCAGUAUUAGGGGGGGGGAGAACCCCUGGGCAUUCCAGAGGAAGAGGGAAAUUUUUACAAACAACAGAACUGAACUGAGCAAAAAUGAGUUGACCUACAGGGGGGGGUUAUUUGCUAGCCCGUAUCGUCAUGAGGCGAAGGGAACGAUACACAAUUUGACCCGCGCAAGUGCCUCAAGGGAAGGUGAUGAGGGACAUGAGGGUAGUGGGGAGGAGGCCCGUCGGGAAGACGCCUGUCAUGACGGCACUGCGCCCACCUCCUCCGGGGAGAAGGCAUGGGGUAAUAAUCCCCUGGCUCUUUCUCUCCCUAUGUGGAAGGCAGACAAAGGUUGCUCACCAGGUGGGCAGAAAAACACCGCCUGUGAAGGCAUUUACAAAGACAAGCCGAUUCCACGAGUGACCUACAGUAGGAGAAUUACAAAUGUUGGUGAACCACGGAACGCACUGAAGGAUAACAAUGUGAAUUUGUUAACAUAUUUUAAAAUGAAUUUCGAGAGAGGUGGGUUCGCCAGCGUUGGAAGUGCUCGUGUUGGGGUGGGUGGUUGCUCUGGAGUGAACACAAUUGGUAGGACCACUGAUAAGAGGACUCCUCUACAGAAGGACUUGGCCCUGAGGCCAACCACCCAUGCACGAGUUGCGGAGAAGAGCAACCUGUUCGAGUCGGUCGAUGCGUUUGUUUACAAUUUUAAACAGAGCGGCGUCGUCUCCUCCGGGGGGGAGUCUCAUCAAGUGGAGGGGCGAACUGGCGGCGUGGUGAAUGUGGAUCCGGACUGCCAAGUGAAUGCUCGUGGGGGGGGAAGCGGCAACGACGUCACUACGAACAACUGCACGAAGGGUAGGAAGAUAAUGAAGGAAGACAACGACCUUACGUGUGUGCAAAAGGGGGAGGGAAAGACGGAAGCUCAGCAUUUGCAUGCAGAGGAAGAGGAAAAACUCAUGGGCCAGACAUGCACCCCCGUGUAUGAAAAAAAGGAACAAGACGGAGCCGAUGAAAGAGCCGAUGAAAGAGGCGAAAAAGUCAUUCUAACCAUUCAAUGGAACAUAAAAAAGAUUUCCUUACUCUGUUCGAGCGACAACUACUUCGUUGUAUCUCCUGAGUACAAGACAGAGACCGGGAUCAAUGAGUUUUUUAUUUUAUUAAACAUACACAAUGACAUGCGCAUUUUGGUGGAGAAUUCAUUUGACCUUCUCUUCUCCUACACAGGGUUUUGUGACAUCCUCUUUUCAGUUACCUGUGGGACGCACCAGAAGAAGUUUUGCUCAUAUGACUUUUCUACAGUCCCUUGGUUUGGGUUCAACAAAUGGGGUACUUUAAAAAAUUGCAUGCAGAAUGAUAGCAUGUCCAUUACAGUUGACAUUCAUGAAAUUCGAAGGAAGGACUGUUCACUCAAGGAGGUGUUCCUCAACAACGUUAUAUCUUCCAUGAGGAGUAACAAUGGAAGCUUCUACUUCAAGGAGGGCACCUCGAAUUCCUCUUCGGUGAGGGAAAAGAAGAAUAAUCAGGUGUCCUCCUCGAUAAUUGCUGCGCCAUCCGCCACCGCCACCAAUACUGCUGCUACCUCCUCUCCCCUGGACACCGAACACCACAGGCGAAGCCACAAAUGCUUCUUCCCUCAAAAUACACAAAAUAAAAGCGACUCCUUCAACAAAGUAGCCGACACCAAUGUUAAGAGGAGACACCACACAGGUAGCAUACACAUGGUUAGUACGCGACCCAGUGCACUACAAUGCAAAAACAAACAAACGAACUUGAACAGUUGGCAUGGAAAAAUCACAAGUCAGGAAAAUCUCAGGACAAACAAAGAGACCAACCCAACCACUGGCAAUAAGUUAUACAAGGUGAUGAAAAAAAAAUGA